GAGCAGGUACCAUGUGUUGGGGUCCAUCAGGAAAUCUAAGCUCAGAGGUUGUCCAGCAAAGUCCCGAGGAGAAAGGUAUGGGCGUGGACUAUUAAAUAGCUGGGAAGGCCUGAGCAAAUGUCUUCUUGCCCAACCUAGGGCACAAGCAGCAGACAGAGAGCAAUGCUGCCUGUGCCUAGCUUGGGGAAUAAGUGGGUUUAUUUGGCUUGCUUACAGGACUGCAAGUAAGAGGUUGCCCCCAAACUACCACAUAAGCAAAAAGGCUCUGCACACCACGUCUCCACAGCUUCGUAAAUGAAGCUCUCCCUGUUAUUAGCUUUCACCUUUACACCCUCCAGCACCUCCAGACACCAGCUGAAGCUGGAGCAGAAUUGCAGACAGCUGGAAAAGGUGUUCUGCCUCAUGAAGCCUUGGCAUGGGCCCACGAUCCAUUGGCUCCCACAACCCCAUCCUGCUACUGAACAUGUCUCAGAAUCUAUCGACUGGGACUCUCUCUUUCAAGAACUGCCCAACCUGACCAACUUUCUAUACUGGCCUCCAACUGGUGGACACAGGGAUGAUUUUUUGGCUUCUACCAGCCCCAGAACCUCUACUUACCACUUGAAGAGCCAAGUCCAGGCCACCUUUACUUUGGGAAGUAACCUAGAGGCCAUCCUUGUGGCUAGGGAUCACUGGGGUAGGCCCAAGUCUCAUGGGGGAGAUCUGUUUCGGGCACAGCUGCUGGGCCCAGAAUUGAGAGCAGGAGUCCCAGGAAAGGUGAAGGAUCUGGAGAAUGGCACUUACCUCUUGUCCUUCCCCCUGCUCUGGGCUGGAUGGGUCCAGGUGCAAGUGCGGCUGAUCCACUCCAGUGAGGCAGUUGGGGUCCUGCAAAGAGUCUGGAGAGAAAAACGAGCCACUGUUGAUUUUAGAGGAUAUUUCCGGGGAACAAAUGGCUCUCAAGAGACUGUCAUCUGCAAUGUGGACCCCCAGUCAACUGGAGCCAAAGGGUCUACCUGCCAGUACAAGGAUGUGGUGUCUGGGGAGAUCUGGUACUGUGCUCAACCUCCUACUUUGCCCUGCAAUGCUUUAGUGGGUCACUCAAGUGGAAGUUAUCUGAAGGUGACCACGCCACAUGAUGAGGCCUUGCUUGCUGGGGAUGUGACUGACCAGAAACUCCCUUCAGGCAUACCUCCACUCCUGGUCCUACCAGCAGCCCAGGGGAACGUGAGUAAAAUGGGUGAGCAAGGCUGGACCAUGUUGGGGUUGGAGAUGGACAUCAGCUUAGCCCUCAAGCCAGUUGAUCUACAUGUCACUUAUCAAGCAGGCCCCCUAAUGGCCGUGGAGACAACUCGGGGGACAGUGUUGCACUGGAGGGCCCACAGCUGGCCCCUGCGUUCUCUCCGCACCCCAGUGGCCUCCUUGCACUCCGUGGCCAGAGAACUACACGGCCUGGCUGGGGGACCCUACUCAGUGGUGGUGCUGGGCAUGGGAGCCCACUUUACCACUUUCCCUCCCUCCAUCUUUGCCCGAAGACUGGCAGGGAUUCGGGCAGCUGUGAAGGCCCUGCUGGACCGGGAACCCAGGACUCUGGUCAUCAUCAAACUGGCCAAUACUGGCUACAAAUCCGUGUAUGGCAGUGACUGGCUCACACUCCAGGUGAACCGCUUGCUCCGAGCUGCCUUUGUUGGUCUCCGAGUGGCCUUUGUGGAUGCGUGGGAAAUGACCUCCAGCCUGGAUGUGCCAGACAACAUCCACCCAAAGAAGCUUAUUGUCCGCAAUGAAGUGGACUUAUUUCUGUCCUUCAUCUGUCCCACCUGAGUGCUCCUGAGGGAUCUGAGGCUGAGUGGAUGGAGAGCCUGGGUGCGGCAGCAAAUGAACUGCCAAUGACAGAAAGCUGAAGCUCCCCUGGCUCACCCACCAGGAUACUUUGGUUCCGUACUUUAUAAUUCUCUCUAUGCAUCACAUGGACAAUCUAGUUUUAUACAAAAGAGACCAUAUUUUGCA